AAGGUCAAACAGCAAGAAGCACAUUGUAGUCGUGAGAAAUAUUAAAAAGUUCGUAGAAAUGAUACUAAAAUCUCUGAACAUUUUACUGUUGUUAAGUUUAAUGCAGUGUUUUGAAAAACACACAGCUAUACUUUCUUUUCGUCAGAAAGCUGAGCGGCUAAUGAAAAAUACCUCAUUGAUUGAUGGACACAAUGACAUGCCAUGGCAGCUGAGGAAGAGAGUACACAAUGAUCUUUCUGCAAUAGACCUCAAUACAUGGAAUGUUACUCAAACCAAUAUUGAGAAGCUCCGGACUGGUUUGGUUGGUGGUCAGUUUUGGGUUGCUUUUGUGCCCUGUAAUGCACAGAACAAGGAUGCCACCCGCCACGCUCUAGAACAAAUAGAUGUGAUAAAAAGAAUGGUACAGAUGUUCCCAGAAGAUUUCCAACUAACAACAACAGCAGAUGGAAUCACGGAAGUAUUUAAUAGUGGUAAAAUAGCCAGCCUUAUUGGUAUGGAAGGUGGACAUGGAAUCGACAGCAGUCUGGGAGCUUUGCGAAUGUUCUAUGAGCUUGGCGUCCGUUAUCUGACAUUAACACAUAACUGUAAUACACCAUGGGCAGACAACAGCAGAGUGGACAGUGGAAUUGCAAAGCCCGGUGUCAAUGGACUAUCUGAUUUUGGAAAAAAAGUUGUGAAAGAAAUGAAUCGUCUGGGAAUGCUGGUUGAUCUGUCUCAUGUCUCUGAAGAUACAAUGUUGGCUGCACUUGAAGUAUCAGCUGCUCCUGUCAUUUUCAGUCAUUCUUCUGCAUUUGCCUUAUGCCACAACUACAGAAAUGUGCAAGAUAAUCUUCUACGUAAGCUGGCAAACAAUUCAGGCAUCGUGAUGAUAAAUUUUUAUCCUAACUUUAUUUCUUGUAAUGAAACUGCUACCUUAUCCCAAGUGGCAGACCAUCUUGACCACAUUCGAAAUGUAGCUGGUGUAGAUCACGUGGGCAUCGGCAGUGAUUUUGACGGUUUUGAAAGGGGUCCUAUUGGUCUAGAAGAUGUUUCAAAAUAUCCUGAUUUAAUUGCUGAGCUUCUCCUACGUAACUGGACUGACAAUGACAUUAAGAAGCUGCUUGGUUUAAACUUUCUACGAGUUUUUAAGAAAGCUGAAGAAGUGAGCAGAGAGCUUCAGAAAACCAAUAUGCCAUCAAAUGAUGUCAUUCAUCAGGAUAAGGUGCAAAGCCCAUGCAGAACAUUUCUUGGCUACCCAUCUGCAGCUCCUUGCCAUCGCUGCACUUUUAUUCAUAUUAUCAGCACAGUCAUGUUCAUUGUUUCCUUAAAAUCAAUCAGAACUUAAUGUAAUAAUUAGGAAGAUGCAAUAUUAGAAACAGAUUUAUAACAUUAAAUAUAUAGAACAGA